AUGCUGGCGAAGAUGGGAAGCGAGAUGGUGGAGCUGAAACAUCGAGUAUCCGAGCAAAGCGACACGAUCAGGAAGCUGAGCGCCACGGUGUACAAGCAAAGCACCACCAUCCAGGGACAGGAAGAUCUGAUCCGAGGCUUGGAAGCCCAGGUCCAGGAAUCCAAGGAAGAGUUUCGACGUAAGAGCGAAGAACACGACAAGCAAAUGAAACAGGAGCACCGGGAUCUUAAGAGAGAUUGGUCGGAAUGA